UUUAGUGAGUGUUGGCUGGCGAGUGUUUGGUGUGUGUGUUGGAGGAUAGGAAGGAAGGUGAGAGCCGCAGUGUUGUGGUGCGUCACCUGACCAGCUCGGGCCACAUCACUCCAUAUUGUGAUGAACGAGGCAGUAUCCGAGGCUGCUGCGGGGAUCAUCUCUACACUGGCACAAGUGACGUCUCUGCUCCGUCUGCUGGUGUCUGCCACGGCUGCCGUCAUCCAGGACGCCCCGGGACACCUCGCCCUUCCCUCUCUCGCCCACCUCACAGACACUGCAUACACUAGCUGGGUCAACUUCUUGUGGUGGUUGGGACUGACAACACUUCAAGGUCAUGUGCUGAGAGCUCUCAUCAUUAUUUUGGUCGUAAACUUCGUCCUGAUAAACAUCUUCUGGCAUGUGUAUGCUCAACGCAUCUCCUACACAUUAUCAUUUAAUAGCCUUCAAAUUGUGGAGGACAUACUGAAGAAGAACACAAAUUUUAAGCUUCCUAAAGAACAUAGUACAAGAAUUUAAUGAUAAUUUCAGGUCAGUCUGCAGGAGUACAAACAUUUUUAAAACAUUCAAUAGCUUGGCACUUGAUAGUAUAAAUUUGCCACAUUUGAAAGAUGGAUGCCAUUAAGAAAUUUUUCGAGAAGAAGAAAGCAGAUGCUAAAUUCAAGACUUCUGGUCAAGGACACAGCCUAUCUGGUGGAGGUCAGCAGCGACAUGUUCCAUCACGGUCUGCCCACAGUGUGCCGCAUGAGCGUCAUGUACCUACAAAUGACGCCCAGCGUGCUGGGGCUGCAGCUCUAGCCAGGAUGGAACAACAGACAAAAAAGACGGAUGUUAACUGGUCUCUUCAAGCCAUAAAAGCUCAGGCACGCCGUGAAUUGGAAGCCGAGCAGAAAGCUUUGGAGCAAAUGAAUCUUAGUGAGCAAGACCAGCCACCAAUUCCUAAAGAAGUCAACUUAGAUGCUGCACCAAUGUUGGCUGUCCAAGGUGUCUUCUUCAGUUGUCCACUCAUUGGGCCUGAAGUGGCAACGUAUGAUGAAAUAAAGAGACAGAUCCGAGAGUUCCUCUAUGCUCAGGUUGAGGAUGACAAGGGCAUCUCUUCCUGUCUUAUCAUCCACACGUGCAACAAAAAUAAAGAAAAGGUGAAUGUAUGUAUCGAGACUUUAUGUAAGUAUGUUGAAAACAUUGUAUCAAAUCCCACAGAAGAGAAAUUCCACAAGAUAAGAAUGUCCAACAAAGCUUACCAAGAAAGAAUCCUUCCUGUUGAAGGUACACGGGAGUUCUUGGAAGCUGCUGGGUUCGUGGAGCAGGAGCUUCCAUUUAAUGACUCUACAGAUAUGUUUUGGGUAUUUCCUGAAGAAAAACUUAAUGAUCUAGUCACUCUGGAACAGCUACGGGAUGCAUUAGUUAGUGCUGAGCCUGUUCGGCCUCAACUUGACCGUAGCCUCACUAUUCUUCUCCCUGCUGAAGCUGCCACACAUGUAGACUUGCCAGCAGAAUUUUUCAAUAUGACUGCCGAUGAACUGAAGCGUGAGAUGCAAAACAGAGCAAUGGCAGUUGAGAGAAGCCAAAUGCUACUUACAAAAGCCAUGAGGGAGCGGCAAGAGUUGAGAGAGAUGAGAAAGUACAGGUUUUCACUUAUUCGGGUGCGAUUUCCUGAUGGCAUUAUUCUGCAAGGUACUUUUGGAGUCCAUGAGAAAUUUGAGGAAGUACUUAAAUUUAUAAGGGAGAAUCUCGUCAAUGACUGGCGACCAUUCUUUCUCUCCCUUAGUGGAGGUGGAAAGGUGGUAGAAACAGAACAAAGUUUGGUAGAGUUACGACUUGUUCCUGCUGUAGUGCUAAAUUUCAAGUGGGAUCCCAGUAUAGAAGAUCCUAACCUUGAUGACAGUGUCUUCCUUAAGUCGGACACACUGAUGCUCCUACAGAGUUAAGAGUAAAGAUCAGGUAAAGAUUAAUUUAGAAUGAAAGGCAUUGGUCUUUCUUCGUGUAUUGAUAUUUAUUGUGAAUACAUGUAAAUGUUCUACUUAACGUACUGUGAAAACUGUAUGGCAAUAAUAAUGUUGCCAUCUUUUGCCGUGAUAUUAAUCAUAAAUUGUGCAUAUAGUAUCAAAAUGUUUAAAUAAUUAAUUUUGCUUUAGCUUGCUUUGAAUAUUAUUAAACUUUACUAAACCAAAAAAAAUAUUUAUCUGAAUAUAUUUGUCUGAAUCUGCAGUUUUUAUUUUAUCUCUAUUUAGCAUGUUAUUCAGUGUUCAACAAGAUACACGUAUAAGCAUUAGUGUCCUUUCCAUGUUGAUUAUCUUUUGCAAGUUAUCUUCAUUAUUGUCGACAAAUUCAUGUAGUAUUUUAUGGUUAAUAUAUGAUUAGUACUUACCCAGAUCAAAACUGCUUGGUAUUAUUUUGUAUUCUACAGUACUUGUUCCUUUUAACGUUCUGCCUUAGUAUUGUUCUUAAACGACUUUUAAUAAUUUCUUGACUUGUAGGCUCAUCUCUGGGAAAGUUUGUUUUAUUUGUGCUUUAGUAUUGAUAUUACUGUAUGUCAAGUGUUAGAAAUAAUCUUUUUGACUGAAUUUUGGUCGAACUGUAUUCUUACUCAUCUCAAAUGGUAAUGAUCUUAUGGGAGGUAUUAUGUUCUGCUGUGUUCAUGAUAAAGCAUAAGAUAAAUACGGAUAUAUAUUUUUAUAGCUGUAUCUGUACAGUUUGCUCACUCCCUUGGAGAAUUAUUGAGAAUCUAAUUUGCACUUCUAUUCACUUUAUCCAUAAUGUUUUCAUUGUCUUAGUACAGCAGAAGCUUAGCAGAUGUGAAUCUAUUAGUGUGAUGGAAUUCCUUUCCAAUAUAGAGGGUGCUGAAUAACAUCAGGCCCCAGAGCUUGGCCUCUGAGACAAUCUCGUGAGUAUUGUAUUUGCUGGCAAAUAGGACACAUGUACAAUAUCAACAUCCAAAAAAAAGUUACAAAUCUACUUGAAAAUAAUGUGCUAAAAAAUUUACCCACAUCAAAUAUCCUUGUAAAGUACAUGUGACUUGUAUACUGGCAAAUAUGGUACAUACAUGCUCGGUGCAGUAAAAUGGACAAUGUCAGUACUUACAACUAGUUUGAUUAAUACAAUGUAGCAUAACUUGUGAUUUUAAUGUCAUCCCUGUGCUAAUGGUUCUAAUAUUCAGAAGUACUGAUUUAAAUAUUUUUAUUUUAUCAUAAUAAUUCAUAGGUUAUUCUGCACACGUUAUUAUUCAUAUACAUACUAUAUUAAUACUGUAGACGCUAAAGCCAAAACCUCCAAAGGGCUGUCGAAAUUUGUGAUAUACACUGCUUCUAGACAGGAGAGGUUCUGUUUUCUAGCAUAAGUUUAAUCUUAGUAAGUACACUUAAUCAAGUAACCCACUUUAUGACCCUGAUGCUGGGUCAAAGUUUGCAGCCAUUCCUACAUCAUGGCAGAUAGAUUGAAGCAGUAUUAUUACAUUCAGAAGUGGUCCACUUAUUACAGGGUAAGUUCAAGGGGGACUGCAUUUUAUCCCAAGCCACUAUUAAUGCUUGCAGAAUAUCUGCAGUAGCUUCCAAUAACCAGAGCAUCUCUCACAUCAGGAUAUGCACAUUCUCCUAAAGAAAUAAUAUUCCUUGUUUAACAAUUCAAAGAUUUUCCAUGGCAUUCUUGACUGACUUAGGUGCGAGAGAUUAGUUUUGUCAAUUUUGAUUCUUACCUGGAUCGAUCAGUUCUGAUGCAUGUAUUGCAAAUUAGAACUCCUGAUAAGAAAUAUGGCCUGCAUUUCAGUUCUGCAGGUCAAAGUUGCCUGGCAGUUUGAACGUUUUUGGUUAUCACCAAGUGUUAACAUUGAGGAUUUUAUUGAAAAUUUUUGUAAACGUUAGAAAAAUCCAAUGUAUACAAAUCAUAAUACGUACAAAACUGUUUCAAUACUGUGUUAAAAAAUGUCCCCCACCCCUGCAAUAAAAUCAAGAUCAGUUGAGUAAUGUUUUUGUAUAGGGCACAAGGUGCAGGAACCUCAACUCAACAUCAGGCCAUUAUGCUUAGGAUACAUAAGAUACCGUAAAUUCAACCUAUUUAUUCAUAACAAAUAUUAAAAUAGUUAAGUUUUGUACUGAACUUUCGGCAUUGGCUACUUUGGCUGUACAUACAUAGGUCCUAUAUAAAGAAUUAAAUAUUUAUUUGGACAAUCUGAAUUGGUGGGGGAGGGAGGGAGGCAGGCCCACAUACUUGCACAUAAAUAUUUAUUAAUAAUAUUGCUGCAGCAGCUGUUGCAUCAUGCUAUCUGCAGCAGCUGUUGCAUCUGCAUUAUUGUUUAUUGAUUAGUACCCUCUUCAUUCCAUUCGACAGAUAACUGAUUCUCCAUUACCUCACUUUACCUGUUAUUCCUUUAGACCUAAUUUAUGGGCGAUCAUUCCAUGGUAAUUUUUAUUAAACUCUUUUGAAUAGUUUGUAUAUAAAGUCUGCAUUUUAGUUCUAAUGUAUCCAUGAUUUUGUCAUAAUAAUUGAGUACAGUAAUUGCAAAAGGCAAGAUUUUCCUGCUCAAAAUCUAUGUUGACCUGGGUAGAGAAAUACAUUUUCCUCCAGAAAACUGGAUAUUUGUAUCCUAAUCAUUCCUUUCCUACCUUUAUGGCAAUUAAAACUUGCCAGAUUUGGUGCAUCCUUUUCAUCCCAUUUAAUUGGAAAGAUAUAUAUUCUGAUGAAAUUCACUAAGUACUUUAACCUGUGCAGAAACUGACCUAUCUGCUUUCGUAACCUUGUUUUGUAGCAGAGGUUAAACAGGCCAUGUAGCAUUUUCAUACAAAAUUUAUCAGUGAAAAAUAUUUACCAAGAAUGAAGGUACAGUGUAUUUUGAAACAUGAUAAACUUUAAGCUAGUUUAAUGACAUAUUCACACACAUGCAUGCAUGCAUACAUAUGUAUGCAUGUGUAGUAUUUAAACAUUUUCCCACUGUGUCCAAAUGAUCUGACGUUUUAAUGGCAUAAAUCACUUUGCCACACCUGGUGAUAUUCAUCACUAUAAAUGUCCUUGCAAUCCUUUUUAUUUUGAAUAAUCUCAUAGUGAUAAUUUAGAUUUACCUAUUUAUUUAAUACACAAUAGUAACUGCUUGUUUCUCAACAGCUUGUAAUACAAGCUUAUCCUUAAUGGGUAUUUAUUUCAAUGUGACCACUGAGGAACCCUGUUUUUAAUGUAGAUUUAACAAAUUACAGGCAGUCCUUGACUUUGUGGCGAUUACUUACAGUCCUGUGAGCAACGAGACGUGGGAUAGUAGUAAAGUCUGCCAACAUGUGGUUGGAAAUAUAACUGCCAGAGGUCUCUGGCAUAGUGGCCUAACCAGGGAAGGGAAAUGCAUCACACUCCCAUCUCUCCUCCCCGGGCAGUUAUAAGGCACGAUAUUUGUUUAUUCUGUUACAGUAUUAGGAAGUAAUCUAAAUUUAUAAUGACAAACAGGGUUAUGGACUAGAGUACAUGAUGAGGCAAAGACUUAUUGUGUGCAUGGUUACAGGCCCUGUAGGGCAAGUAAAUUCACCCUACAGUAACUUGUGUGCAUGUAAAUUAAAUGUAUUGCAGCUAGA